CCCAUUUCUGCACAUUGCUACCUGCAGAUCACUGAAAUCCUCUUCUUAUAUUGGGUAUCAUGAACAUCAAUGAUUUUGUAGUACUCCCAGGCUCAAAAACUGGAACCUCUGUGAGAUUAAAAGCCAAAACUGCCAGAGAAUUGCAGCUGGAGAAAGUGCAGUUACAAACUGAAAAUGAAGAGAUGGAGAAGAGAUUACAGCAACUAAAGUCAAACAUGAGCAGAGAAAAAGAAGAGAGGAAGGCAUCAAGUGCUUAUCAUUGGAAAUCUGGACAGAUGAGACCAAUGACCACUCAAGCCCAAGUUUUGUCACAAAGAAGAGAAAACAAUACCAAGGUUUCUUCAGGAAAAGUGAAGCUGCAAAUACUCAAAGAACAGCUUCAAGAGCCAGUGAAAGAACGAUGCAAGCAUGAGGUGGCAAAUGCUGUGGCUCAUGAAAAAUCUCAAGGGAAGAGGAUAGCACCUGGACUUCGUGAAAUUAAGAGUGCACUGCUGCAGACAGAAGCCAAUAGGCAUGUUGGAAACCUGGAAGUCAUUGAUCACUUCAGCCAGGAAGGGAAUCUGAAGGGACCGAAAGUUAAUCGUGAGCAGAAGAACGUAAAGGUCACACCAGACAAGAUUUCAUCUCUGCUAGUGUCAGUAGGCAGUGCUGAGGAACCACCCUCAGAAUCAACCUGCCCAAGCCCUGAAAAUCAGGAGAAAGGAUUAUUACUAGAUGGUACAUUUGAUGAGGAGGAAUCUGCAAGGUCUUUUCAGGAAGCUUUGCUUCAGUGGAGAAAAGGUAAUCGUGAUCACAGAGAACAUCCACACACCAGUGAGGUCCUAGCAGAGUCUGUGGGAAUUUGUGAAGUACAGACCAACCCUACUGUUACAAAGGAACCAAUCCAGAUUGAAUUCAAGAAGGAUGGCCUGAGCUACAUGGAGAAACUCUUGCUUAAGAAAUACAGGAGAACUCCUGUUGAUCAAAUUUCUGGUAGUUGCAUUAAAGAUUUAAGGCCUGUGCAAACAGCGAGUGUCCCUCAGGCUGUGACUGGAGGAGGGGAAGGAGGAGAUGAUGAUGAUGGUGGUGAUGUCAAUGACCUAACAGUUGAAGAGGUGAAGAGAUACUGGGCAUCUCUUUUUAGACAGGGAGUAGCCAACCCUGUUUCUGAAAGAGCAGAGUCCUCUUUGCAAAUUGAGCUCCUUGAUGAUUCUUAUGGCAAUGACUUGGAGGAAUCCUCUGACAUUUUGCAUGAGGUAGAUGCAGUCAACAGCAGCCCAGGCCCGGCCCUGGCGCUGCUGCUGUCCGCGCCAGGGACGGCCGCGGCCUUUCCUGGCCCAGAGGCAGUUACGAGUGAGGCAACACCACUCCGCAGGCACCGAGAUACCGCAUCGCCGUUACCGGCGAACUGCCGCGCGGCUCAGAGCUGCAGUACCACGUUUCGUCCGCCAGGCGGCAGCAGCGAGCUCUCCCCAGCGCGGCACCAGGCAUCCCGGUCGCCGCGGUCACGGAGCGGCGCCCGCCGCGCCCCCCGCAUGACAAACUCGGUCCCGUACCAGGCCCGCUCCCGCUCGGGAGUGCCCCCAGCUCCUGGCUCAUAUAAACACACACUGCGGCUCCCCGUGCAUGCCGCGGUGCGUCAGCGAGCAGAGGCUCUUGGGCUGUUGCUCUACACCACCACGGAGCAGUUCCGAGACUGCCUGCCCGUCUUCGGCACAGGGGGGAACACCAAGAAGCCAGGACAGAUGCUGCGAAGUUCAAGAACAGGAGGGACCCGCUGCUGCCAGCGGCUUGCGGGACGUGGCGGGUACCGCAUGCGCCAGCACUGGGGCGCGACAAGCCGAGGGCAGCGGCGAGCCGGCUGCAGUGCAGGUGACGGCCAGCCGGGGGCAGCAGUGAGCGCUCGCAGCGCUCCGCAUGGCCACAGCGCGGCGGUCACUUGUGGUCGGCGAGUGACAGCCAGGCCGCUGCGGAGCCGCCGCAAGCAGCCGGGGCCAAGCGGAGAGGGCUCUGCAGAGUAA